GCUCCGUCAACCAUAUUGGAAAAUUUCACAUUGAUCAAAAGUUCGCUAUGUAAAGUCCAAAUAUGACUCCAAACGGAGUGAAAACAUCUUACACCAAUUUGAUGGGGAACUUUUCAGUUUAGAACACGUCUUCAACUAUGUGCAUAUGUGCAAAGAAUGAAGAGUAUUGGCAGAAAGUGAAACUGGUGUUACGCAGCAAUUGUAGUGAAACGCUAUAUGCAAACGAAACAUGGGUUUCGUCUGUGAAAGACAAUGAAUGUAUGAAAAUAAAACAAAGUGUAUAUUCAAUAAGGAAUUCUAACAACGAUAAGCAAACGCUACGGCUUUCGGAAAAAUCACGGAAUUAGAACGGCAAUAUGUUGGGUAGAAAGCAAAGCAUCAAAGGAGAAUCUAUACUUGCAGACUAUGGCCCGGAAGAAUCCCUCAAUGAGAGUGCCGACAUAGAAUGGGUUAAUAAGCUGUGGGUUCGACGACUGAUGCGUUUAUGUGCCUUGAUAUCGCUUACAUCUAUAUCCUUGAAUACUCCCAAGACAUUCGAGAGGUAUCCUUUUCUGCAAUAUUUCACACUAUGCAGCGACAUAGUGGUUACUCUCCUAUUUACAUCAGAAAUGAUAGCAAAAAUACACAUUCGUGGUUUACUAAGGGGAGAUGCACCAUAUCUCAAGGAUCAUUGGUGUCAAUUUGAUGCUUCCAUGGUGUUUUUUCUCUGGGUAUCGGUGGUGCUGCACGUGUUCGAAAUGCUCGGAAUUGUACCGAAAUUUCAUUACUUCAGCAUACUCCGGGCACCAAGACCACUCAUAAUGAUACGCUUUUUGCGUGUCUUCCUCAAAUUCUCCAUGCCAAAGAGUCGAAUCAAUCAAAUCUUCAAACGAUCUAGUCAACAAAUUUACAAUGUAACACUUUUCUUCCUAUUCUUUAUGUCACUAUAUGGUUUAUUGGGAGUGCAAUUUUUUGGUGAACUAAAAAAUCAUUGCGUUUUGAAUACGACCGAGCCCAAGUACGUGGAUUGUCUAAAUACUGUAAUUCAAAUCUUAACUGGAUUAUUUCACUUUCACAGGGGUCUCACUAUUAACUCUUUAGCGAUCCCUGAUACAUUCUGCUCGAUGGAUCCUGACUCAGGGUAUCAGUGUCCAGCCGGUAUGAAAUGCAUGAAAAUGGAUUUUCUCUCAAAUUAUGUUCAAGGGUUCAAUGGUUUUGAGGAUAUAGCCACAAGCAUUUUUACUGUUUAUCAAGCCGCAUCCCAGGAGGGGUGGGUUUUUAUAAUGUACAGAGCGAUUGAUAGUCUUCCUGCUUGGCGAGCCGCUUUUUAUUUCAGCACAAUGAUAUUUUUUCUUGCUUGGCUUGUAAAAAACGUGUUCAUAGCUGUCAUCACUGAAACAUUCAACGAAAUACGCGUGCAGUUUCAGCAAAUGUGGGGUGUAAGAGGACAAAUUCAGAACAGUACAGCAUCACAGAUUAUCACCGGAGACGACUCCGGGUGGAAACUCAUAACCAUCGAUGAGAACAAGCAUGGAGGCUUAGCGAACGAAACAUGCCACACUAUUCUCAAAUCACCAUAUUUUAGACUAUUGGUGAUGUCUACUAUUUUAGCAAACGGUAUUGUCACAGCAACUAUGCACUUUAAACACGACGGAAGACCGAGACAAGUGUUCUACGAAAGGUAUUACUACAUCGAAAUGGCGUUCACGUUUCUACUGGAUUUGGAAACGCUUUUCAAAAUAUAUUGUCUGGGAUGGAGAGGUUACUUUAAACACUCAAUACAUAAAUUCGAACUCCUGUUGGCUAUUGGUACGAGCUUACACAUAAUUCCAGGAUUAUAUCUUUCGGGAUUCACUUACUUCCAAGUACUAAGAGUAGUGCGCCUCAUCAAAGCAUCCCCAAUGCUGGAAGGCUUUGUAUACAAAAUUUUUGGACCUGGAAAGAAACUUGGAUCACUAAUCAUCUUUACAAUGUGCUUACUAAUAAUUAGUUCAAGCAUUUCAAUGCAGCUGUUUUGUUUCCUGUGCGAUUACACUAAAUUUGAAAGCUUCCCAGACGCGUUUAUGUCUAUGUUCCAGAUUCUUACGCAAGAAGCAUGGGUUGAAGUAAUGGAUGAGACAAUGAUACGAACAAGCAAAACUUUGACGCCUCUAGUGGCUGUAUAUUUCAUUUUGUAUCAUCUAUUUGUCACAUUGAUUGUGUUGAGUUUAUUCGUUGCAGUAAUUUUAGACAAUUUGGAACUGGACGAAGAUAUAAAAAAGCUAAAACAGCUCAAAUUUCGUGAGCAGAGCGCCGAAAUUAAGGAAACUUUACCCUUUCGUCUGAGAAUAUUUGAAAAAUUUCCCGAUUCGCCACAGAUGACAAUUCUGCAUAAAAUUCCGAAUGAUUUCACGUUGCCAAAAGUUCGUGAAUCAUUUAUGAAACAGUUCGUCAUCGAAAUGGAACCAGAAGAUCCAUCGUACAGUGAAGGAUAUAAACGUCCCAUAUCCGAGUGUUGGGAGUCCAAAGUUGUCUACAGAAAACAAAAACCGGUAAAUGUAAUGAAUAAAACUGCUAAGGUACGCUCAGUAGGCAGUAGUCUUCGCAAAAUGGCAAUAACGCAUAUCAUCAAUGAUUCCAACAACCAACGUUUAAUGCUUGGAGACUCUGCGAUGAUUCCGGUAGCAGGAGCCAAAGGAGGUUUAAAACCACAAGGUACAAUCACUCAAACCAAACCUUGGCGUAUGGAUCAGAAAAAAUUCGGCUCGCGAUCCAUUCGUCGAAGUGUUCGUAGUGGUUCCAUCAAACUUAAGCAAACCUAUGAACAUUUGAUGGAGAAUGGGGAUAUUGGAGCAGCUAGUCGUGUGACUUCCUCUCGUGCUAGACCGCACGACUUAGACAUAAAAAUUUUACAGGCUAAAAGGCAGCAGGCAGAAAUGCGGAGGAAUCAACGCGAGGAAGAUUUAAGAGAGAAUCAUCCAUUUUUUGACACACCACUUUUUGCAGUACCAAGAGAAAGUAAGUUUAGAAAAAUAUGUCAACGCAUAGUUCACGGGCGGUAUGAUGCACGGCUCAAGGAUCCAUUGACUGGUAAAGAGAGGAAAGUGCAAUACAAAAGUAUGCACAAUUUUCUCGGCCUAGUAACGUACCUAGAUUGGGUGAUGAUUUUCGUGACUACACUUUCUUGCAUAUCAAUGAUGUUCGAGACACCUCAAUACCGUGUAAUGGAACACGUAACGCUUCAAAUGGCCGAGUACACAUUUGUUAUAUUCAUGAGCCUUGAGUUGGCCCUUAAAAUCUUGGCGGAUGGUUUAUUCUUCACCCCCAAAGCAUACAUCAAAGACGUUGCUUCGGUUCUCGAUGUCUUCAUUUAUGUCGUUUCACUGACGUUUUUGAUAUGGAUGCCUCGUCAAGUACCAAGUAAUUCAUCAGCGCAGUUGCUAAUGAUUUUGCGUUGCCUUAGACCGCUUCGAAUAUUUACGCUAGUGCCUCAUAUGCGGAAAGUAGUAUACGAACUUUGUCGAGGUUUCAAGGAAAUACUGCUGGUAUCAACUUUACUAAUUUUAUUGAUGUUUGUUUUUGCAAGCUAUGGAGUGCAAUUGUAUGGAGGUCGCUUGGCACGUUGCAAUGAUCCUACUAUUCUCAAACGAGAAGAUUGCGUCGGUGUGUUCAUGAGGCGUGUGUUUGUUACGAAAAUGAAAUUAACACCUGGUGCAAAUGAAUCAUAUCCAUCGAUGCUCGUUCCCAGAGUAUGGGCGAACCCUAGAAGAUUCAAUUUUGAUAAUAUUGGUGACGCCAUGUUAGCAUUAUUUGAGGUACUGUCGUACAAAGGAUGGAUUGAUGUACGAGAUGUCUUGAUUAAAGCGCUAGGACCCGUACAUGCUAUAUAUAUUCAUGUAUAUAUUUUCCUUGGAUGCAUGAUAGGACUAACUUUGUUUGUGGGUGUAGUAAUUGCCAAUUAUUCAGAAAAUAAAGGAACAGCAUUGCUGACUGUAGACCAACGACGGUGGUGUGAUUUGAAGAAACGUCUAAAGAUCGCUCAACCGCUGCAUCUUCCACCUCGUCCAGAUGGCCGCAUGUUUCGAGCUUUUGUUUACGAUAUUACACAACAUAUUGCAUUUAAAAGAUGUAUUGCAGUGGUUGUUCUUGUCAACAGCAUGUUGCUUUCAAUAACGUGGACAAAAGAUGAAACGCACACUGAAAGACUAAUAAUCGUCAGUACACUUCUUACAUUCGUUUUUGUUAUAGAAGUUGUUAUGAAAAACAUUGCGUUUACUCCUAGAGGUUACUGGCAGUCCAGAAGAAACAGAUAUGACCUCUUGGUGACGGUAGCUGGCGUCGUAUGGAUAUUUCUCCAAACAACACUGAGAAGCGAUUUAUCAUAUUUCAUUGGUUUUAUGGUUGUCAUAUUGAGAUUUUUCACAAUAACUGGCAAGCAUACGACCUUGAAAAUGUUGAUGCUUACAGUCGGUGUCUCAGUGUGUAAAUCAUUCUUUAUUAUUUUUGGAAUGUUUCUAUUGGUGUUUUUCUAUGCACUUGCGGGAACUAUUCUAUUCGGUACAGUGAAAUACGGUGAAGGUAUUGGACGCCGUGCCAACUUCGGCUCUCCGGUAACCGGGGUAGCUAUGCUGUUCCGCAUAGUAACCGGAGAAGAUUGGAAUAAGAUUAUGCACGACUGUAUGGUUCAACCACCGUAUUGCACACUUGCUGCUAAUUACUGGGAAACUGAUUGCGGAAAUUUCACCGCCAGUUUAAUCUACUUUUGUACAUUUUACGUGAUUAUUACUUACAUUGUACUUAAUCUAUUAGUCGCUAUUAUCAUGGAGAAUUUUUCUUUAUUUUAUUCGAAUGAGGAAGAUGCCCUUCUCUCGUACGCCGAUAUAAGAAAUUUCCAAAAUACAUGGAACAUUGUAGACAUACAUCAGCGUGGAGUGAUUCCAGUACGCAGAGUUAAAUUCAUUCUUAGAUUGUUAAAAGGUAGACUGGAAUGUGAUCCCCAAAAGGACCGCCUACUUUUUAAGUACAUGUGCUACGAGCUAGACAAACUGCAUAAUGGAGAAGAUGUGACUUUCCAUGAUGUGAUAAACAUGCUAUCAUAUCGAUCAGUUGAUAUAAGAAAAGCACUCCAGUUGGAAGAAUUGUUGGCACGAGAAGAAUUUGAAUACAUCAUUGAAGAAGAAGUAGCCAAACAAACCAUACGAACAUGGCUAGAGGGAUGCCUGAAGAAAAUUCGUGCCAAUAAUAUCACGAAACAACAAAACUCUUUGAUUGCUGGAUUGCGAGCGACUAAUGACAGUCUUCAAAAACAGCAACAACAGCAGCAACAAAAUCAGCAGCAAGAUCAAACUGAAGAACAGGUUCUUCAUAAGGAAGUAAGUUUAGAGUCAGAGUCGGCUGAGCAAACAGCAAAAGAAAUUGAAAACAACGCCAAAAAUCGUAAAAAGAGCCAAAAUAUUCUUAACAGAUCUGAUUCAACUGGAAGUAGCAGCGGUCGAAAAUUUUUAGCCCCAACACUCUCUGAUCCUCAGGCCAAGAACGAAAAAGAUCGAUACCUAACCAAGAAGAAAACAUCGCGUCAAUCAGCUGCUAAUAGUAAAGCUAUCACACAAAUGAACGAAAUUAAUCAUGGCCAUACACUUCAUCAGUAUUAUCAUCAUUUUAUCCACAGUAAUGAAACUCAGCAAGGCAGUGGCGGAAAAAUCGGUCAUCCGCACAUUAAUAUGGUUUUUGAAGUACACGAUUGGUGGCAAGAACAAGUUAUAUGUACGCACAGUGACGACGAAGAAAUUUAGACUGCUUAGCAAGAAGAUUAGAAUAAAUUCGAUUAAUGUUAGGCAAUUUAAACUAUAUGUACGUUUAUAAUUUGGAAAACCGUGAAUAGAAGUUUAAUAAAUGGGUUUAUAUUUAACACAGAA